GGUUGAAUGCAUCGUCAUAGAUGUACAUGAUGUAACAAGCUUCAUUAUGGUCGGAAAAACCGUAGAGAAUUUCUUUUGUUCUACUGCACACCACUAUGUCUACGACAAAGGGUUUUGCGAUCCGUCAACCGCGCCACCUGCAAUGAUUGCUAAGCUCAACAAGUCCUGGAUUUUCCAACUUCACUUUGGCGCUUUUAGACCUGCUUUAAAUCGAUGCGAGAUUGGUCGCAAAUGUUUUUGAUGACAUUAAUUGAGCCUCCUGCCACCCCUGCAAUGUGCGUCCAGUCACAACCUGCCUCAAACAUAACUCCAUCGUUCUCGGAGGCUACUGCAUCCAUCUCUUUCACCCAGCCUACUCCAACUACCAUUCCAGCCCUCCCUGCGACCUCUUCAGUUUCAUCCCAGGUAACUUCUUCAGAUGCUCAUCAGGAAUUCGAUAAAGCCAAUCUAACUGGGACAAAAAGGAGACUUGAUUUCCAUGAUGAGAGUGAUCAGCCCAGGUUGAGCUCGAAAGCACAAGCAAUCUCAACAACUGCACCAGCAACAAACAAUGUGCCUCAUAUGCAGCACCACGGUGAUUCGCCAACCCAUGCCAAGAAGGGACGCACAACGACACCAUCCCAAUUGAAGGUUAAUUUGUUUUGCAUCUACUCACAUCUUUUUAAUGACAAAAAAAAAUCUGCAGGACAUUGGAGGCUGUUAUCUGUCGUUUUGGGUGGUUCUGGACACCUGUUGACAUGCUUCGUCCCAAGAGCUGCUAGGAUUUUGGCGCUUCCUGACAAGAUGCUUUUUGACCUCUUUUGCCUUUCCAUGGAGAUGUUUUAA